AUGUCGUCUUCCAAAAGUACCCUAUCAGAUCUUGAAUCAAAGCUUCAAGUGCUUAAAACGACACUGAACGCGGUAUAUAGUCAUGCUGAUACUAUGCUUGAAAUUAGAAUGAAACAAGGACAGCGAGCCCAAAAUAGACAAUCUACAACACUUGCGCCGUCAAAGGAAGAAUUAGAACAUUUGCAAAAUUUAAGAACUCAAUUCAAUGAGAUAUGUGAUGAACUGUACAUGAAUUUGCAAAUUUCAAAAGAAGUUCUUGAAAGAGAAUAUGGGCAACAGAAUUCCUAA